UUUGUCCAUUCACUCCCACAACAAGGAAAAGUGUCAAAGGCAAAUUUCUUAAUACGACUAUAAGCAAGGUUAUCCAAAUAGAACAACAAAUAUUUAGACCUACGCUUGCUUCAAGUACUUUUUGCAUAUUGGAUUACUUGAACUCGCAACAUCUCGGACUCAGCACAUGCACAACGGAGGGGCUGAUUCUAUCCGAGCAUUCUGCAAUGUACAGCAGCAAAACUACUACGCGGAUGGAUGAAACUUCAUUAGAAUAGGAGUAUUAAAGAACGCGACCAAUUUUGCACACAACAGACAACCCCACAAGACCGCCUCUCUCGGGGCUGUUAAGGACGCACUGUUCAAAGGCAACCACCUUAUAGAUUGAAGCUUAUUUCCAAGCGUGUCGUGCGUAUAGGAAGAGAGAGAGAGAAUGGGGCAUCCUCCGCUGGAGUUUAGCGACUGCUAUUCGGAUAGUCCGGAUUUUAGGGAGAGGUUGAAAUGUUACGAACAAGAACUGGACAGAACCAGCAAAUUUCUCAAAGAAGUGAUCAAAGAUGGGAAUAAUGUUAUAAGCGCAAUAAAGGGAUACUCUGUUGCUGUUCAGAAGUUUUCACAGACUCUUCAGUCAUUCCAGUUUGACUUUAUCGGAGACUCACUGACAGACGAUGAAAUGAAUAUUGCUGAGUCAUUCCGUGAGUUUGCUUGUCUGCUCCAGGAAGUGGAGAAUGACAGGAUGAUGCUGGUUCAGAAUGCUUGUGAUCUGCUCAUCAAACCACUGGAGAAGUUCCGUAAGGAGCAGAUUGGUGUAACAAAGGAACGAAAGAAGAAGUUUGAGAAGGAGAGUGAGAAGUAUUACUCUCAGCUGGAUAAACAUGUGAACAUCUCAGCCAAGAAGAAGGAAACACAGCUCCAGGAGGCGGACGAACAGCUUGAUAAAGAGAGGGUGAACUUCUACGACUCGUCAGUAGAAUAUGUCUACCAGAUCCAACAGGUGCAAGACAGGAAGAAGUUCGAUGUGGUGGAGCCGGUACUGGCGUUCCUCCAGAGUAUCCUGACCCUCAACAACCUGACUGUGGAAAUGACUCAGGACUUUCUGCCCUACAAACAGGAACUGCAGCUCAGCCUCCAGAAUACGCGCAACCACUUUGAGAGCACUCGAGAAGAAAUGGAGGAGUUGAUGAAGAGGAUGAAGGAGCCCUCUCAGAUUGGCAAGAUCCAUGGGCAGGCCACCAUCCAAGGCUACCUCUACGUCCAGGAGAAAUGGGCUUUGGGCGUGACUUGGGUGAAGUACUACUGCAAGUACAUCAAAGACAAGAGACGUUUUGUUAUGGUGCCUGUUGAACAGAAGACUACAACCAAACAGACAACCUCGGAGCUCACCCUCAAGUCCUGCAUCCGCCGGAAAACCGAGUCCAUCGACAAGCGGUUCUGCUUCGACAUCGAAACUCAUGAGAGGAACAGUCCCCUGACCCUGCAGGCAGUGUCAGAGGUGAACAGGAAGCAGUGGAUCGAGGCCAUGGAUGGGAAAGAGCCAAUUUACCAUAAUCCUAUUCAAAAUAAAGCUGAAAUGGAGCUGAACGAGGUUGGAUUCAAGUUUGUACGAAAGUGCAUCAACUAUGUUGAGACCAAAGGGCUUGGCCAAGAAGGGGUAUACAGGACUGUUGGCAGCAACAUCCAGGUCCAAAAGCUAUUGAAUGCAUUCUUUGACUCUAAGUGCCCCGGUGAUGUCGAUUUCAGCAGCAGUGACUGGGACAUAAAAACUGUCACUAGCGCCAUGAAGUUUUACCUUCGGAGUCUGAGUGAGCCAUUGAUGACUUACGGCCUCCACAGGGAACUCAUUUUUGCUGCAAAAUCGGAAAAUCUGGAUUUCCGGUUGGGCACGGUCCACUCUCUGGUCUACAAGCUGCCUGAGGUGAAUCGUGAAAUGCUGGAACUCCUCAUUCGACAUCUGCUCAGUGUGUGUAGUCGCUCAGAGGAGAACUUGAUGACCCCAUCGAACAUGGGUGUGAUCUUUGGUCCUACACUGAUGCGGGCGGAGGAGGAGACGGUGGCUGCCAUGCUGGACAUCAAGUUCCAAAACAUUGUCGUCGAGAUCCUCAUUGAGGACUUCAAGAAGAUCUUCAGCGGGCCUCCAGAAAGCUUGCCUCCCCCGGUACCUCCCCCGAGAGCCAUGCCCAGGACGCGCCAGCCCAUCACCAUCUCCAAGCGGCCGCUGCGCUCCUAUCCCGCGUUGCAAGAGAUGCGGGAGCUGAACGGCAGUGCCCACAACGGUGUGGACUCCGAGGGGGACCCGCACCCCACUAGCCCCGUCCCGCCUCAGAGGCCCAAGAUGGGCCCUCCGUCCUGCUCUCCUCCCUCUGUACCUUCCUCUUUCCUUGCGUCCUCUGGCGCCCGUUUGCCACUCCCGCCCAAACCCACCCCCCCCCCCGGCAAGAUCGGCAUUCCGACAGCGACGUCGCCAAGAUGGUUGCCAGGCUACAAGAUGGAGGGUCACGGCCUGACGCCGGGACGGCGUCCAACGGGGAGGCAGGGGUGACGGUCGGCCGGGCGCAGUCCUUCCAGGGCAAGAAGCCUCCGCCACGUGGGGUCCUGGCCAACAGAGAAGGAGAAGGUGAGGGCCUCAUGAAAGGACGGUCGUUUUCCGAGAAGCACUCCAUCUGCAGGCCCCCGACCAGACCCCCCGAUCCACCCAAUCGCACACCCACCAAACCCCUGCCCUCUCCCACCAGCGAAGACUCCGC